CGAAACUGAUUUUUAUCAAUGGCCGAAUUGGUAGCUUUUAUUUCUCAAAAUAAAUAUACAAUUCAUUUACGAUUUAUUAUUAUGCAAAAGAGUUAUAAAUAAUCGUAAUAAUUUCUUUCCUCAAAUUUACAAAACAUUGAAAUCUUAUUCUUUUUUUUAAAAAAAAAUUAAACCUCAAGAAUUUUGCAAAAAUGGGUAAAAAUAUCGUCGUAUUGUGUGACGGCACUUGGAAUGGUGCAAACUCCGGAACUAACAUUUAUAAGUUAUAUAAAGAAUUAAUACUUGAGCAACAACAUGUCAAGUACAUAAACGGUGUUGGAAUUGGAAAAUCGGCCUUGGGUUUUAUAAUCGAUGGUGCUGUAGCUCUAAGCCUUGAUACUAAAAUAAAAGAGGGUUAUAAAUAUAUAGUUGAACACUAUAAUCCUGGUGACGAUAUAUGGCUUUUCGGCUUUAGCCGUGGUGCUUAUACCGUGAGAUGUAUUGUUGGAAUGAUAAGAAAUUGUGGGAUACUAAAAGUGGAUCAAAACAACACAUCUGAGCAAGUUGACGAACGUGUUGAUCAUGCUUAUCUUAUCUAUCGUAAUAGAGACAGGAAUUACCACCCGGAAGGAACUGGAUCUGACGAAUUCAAAAAAAAAUUAAGUCAUCCUGACUCUAAAAAGCCAGUUAUUAAGUUUCUUGGACUUUGGGACACUGUUGGUGCUCUUGGCCUACCCAUAUAUGAUAUUGACGAAGGUUUCAAAUAUUUAGAAUUUUACGAUCAAGUCGUGCCCAAUGUAGUUAAUUGUGCGUGUCAAGCUUUGGCUAUUCACGAAAGAAAUGCUUUUUUCGAGCCUUGCCAUAUAUAUCCAAAUAGUUCCCGUACCGUAACUGUCAAAGAGACUUGGUUUCCUGGUAUACAUAAUGAAAUAGGCGGUGGAACUUUUUUAUCAUUUGGAGGAAAUGAAAGAAUAUCAAAAGCAACUAUGCUUUGGAUGAUAGAACAUGUUGUACAAAUUGGAGGUUUGUUAAUGCGAGAUGAUCUUGAGGGUUAUCGUACUCGAUUAGAUUACGGACCUUCUUGGAACCUCAUAAAUUUAAUAUUUGACAAUUAUAAUGCUCUAUUCCCAACGCCCAUGCUUAAAGACAGAGUUAUUCGUCUAAAAUUAGAUCCUAGUGAAAAAUUUUUAAGAAAAGAUCUACUUUAUAGAGAUGGUGACUGGUUACUUCCAUUUGGUACCAGGUCCCAUCUGCGUACUCAUUAUGGUUCGAAAACGUACGAAGUGUUGCGUAAUUCUAUGGAAAUAAAGGAAAUCAUGCUAUACAACAAUAUAAUAUACGACAAGGACGUAAAUGAAAAGAGCAAAAAUAUAUUUGAAUGGCUCAUUUAUAAUAUUUUACUUAGGAUUAUGACUUAUUUCAUUUGUUUAGUACUUAUUAUGAAAAAAAAUAAUUUGUAAAAUAUAGAAUUAGAUUAAGACAUCUAUUAACCGGUUAAUUUAUUCGGUAAAAGCGCAGAUCACUGGUUUAUAUUAACAUUAUGAAAAAUUGUUAGCAAAAUACUUCAAGUAUUAAUAACUAUAAACUGGUACUUAAUUCUUGCUGGAAUUAAGAUUUAAAUUUUGCAACUCCGGCGGUCAAAUGUUAAUGCCGGCGGCCGGCCAGAAUUAAGUUUUAACUGAUUAAUUAACCGGUCG